AUGAUUUAUGGUCCACAGUUCAUCACAAGCUUGUGUGAGCCUGCAGUUGUGUUUGAUCCACAUCUUCCUAUCAAGCAAGAGCCCCUGAGUGAUGACGAACGGGAGAGGAGGCGGGAAAGAUUAGCUGUGUCCAGGGAAGACAGGCGCAACAAACGAGAUACCCAUCAGGUCCAAGGGAAACUCCCUGAGCUCAGACACAAGGGAUGGGGUCAGUCUCGUAUCAAACAUGAACCAUCGGAUGACCAGGAGCGGAGGCGGAAUGAUCAGCAAAGACGGGAGAAUGCAACAGAGAGGUCAAGAGAAGAUUGGGGGAGGGAAAAAGAGGAUGAGAAGGCAGUUGAGAAAGAGAAGUCCAAUUUUGGCCUCAGUGGGAAACUUGCAGAGGAGACGAACACGUUCAAGGGUGUUGUGAUCAAGUACAAUGAGCCAAUUGAAGCCCGAAAACCAAAACGUCGAUGGCGUCUGUAUGUUUUCAAAGGAGAAAAAGAAUUGCCCAUGCUGCAGAUUCACAGACAAAGUGCAUAUUUAAUGGGACGUGAACGUCGCAUUGCUGACAUCCCCAUUGAUCAUCCUUCAUGUUCAAAACAGCAUGCUGUGUUGCAGUUUCGCCUGGUGGACUACACACGACCUGAUGGCUCAGUUGGACGUAGAGUCCGGCCUUACAUCAUUGACUUAGAAUCUGCAAAUGGCACAUAUGUCAACAACAAGCAGAUUGAACCACGUCGUUAUGUGGAACUCUUUGAGAAGGAUGUGCUGAAGUUUGGGUACAGCUCACGUGAGUACGUGUUGCUCCACGAACAGAGUGCAGAUGAUGACAUUGAUGAGGAUGUAAAGGAGGACAUCCCAGAAGAAGCAGCUCCUUCAUUACAAGAAUAG